CUGGGUAGGCUCUCAAAGACAGUAUAUAAGGGAGUGCAGUGUCUGGCUUGUGGCAUAUCAGCAGCAGAGUUGUCUCUGCACAGAGUGAAAGUGAGCUAAACAAGCAACAUCAAGCUGCUUGGAUCCACAUAAUGAAGACGUUUUAUUUUGCUAUGAUGAUCUGCUUUGUUAACCCUGCAUGUGUGCUGGGGGGCAGACUGGGGAACAAGUCUCAGGGAGUGCAAAAGGCUCACUUUGCCACAUCUGACGAUGUGAACCUCAUUGCGUAUGGUCUUCUUCAGCUCGGGCAAGCGCUGAAACAUCAUGUGGACGGGACGAGGGUGGAGAUCGAUGCCAUCGUGGAAAAACUAGACGUUUACAACAGUUCCUUCAUUCAACUUGAGGGCCAGGCGAGGGACUUGGAGAGCGGUGGUGAGGCUCUGAAAGUUAAGUCCCAGACAUUGGAACUUCAGGACCAAGAACUUCACAAGAUAUCCACAGAUCUCAGAGACAAACUAACCCAGUUAUUGCAGGAACGACAGUUGUUUGUCAGCAAGGUGGAGGCUCUGGAAGGCAAGCUGGAGAGGAUGCUUGGCAGGAAAACAGGUGUGAAUGAGUCUGGAGAUCCCUCACUUCACAGGGCUGCGGCGGAGGCUCACAGACUGAGUGCAGAUGAACUUCUGGCACUGGUGGAGGAACAGCAGCAGCAAAUCAAUGAGCAGAGCGAACAGAUUCAACACUUGCUUGGCAAGGUUUUAAAUAGGGAGGCCAGGGAGCAUGUAAAGUUGAGAAAGAAACUGAAGGGAAACAACAGUUCCGCUGAUCAACAGAAUCCACGAGAGGCAGCCCGAGCUGACAGUGACUGCCAACAGAUUUUCAGGAGGGGCGAAAGAACUAGUGGCAUUUACAGCAUACAGCCAAAAGGAUCGCAGCCUUUUAAAACCUAUUGCCAAAUGACUCCAGAGUCUGGAUGGACUAUGAUCCAGCGGCGAAUUGAUGGCUCUGAGGACUUUGAUCGACCGUGGCUGGAUUAUAAAACUGGAUUUGGAGACUUAAGUGGUGAAUUCUGGCUGGGUUUAGAAAAUUUCUACCAGAUUGCUCGCCAGGGCAAAUACCUGCUGCAGAUAAAACUGCAGGAUUGGAAGAACAACACAAGCUGGAUUGAGUACACCUUUAGACUGAGCGGUGAGGACAACGGCUACACUCUACAAAUUGGUCAGAUGGUAACGGGAGAUCUUCCAUCAGCCAUGAGCGAGUGUAAAGACGUCCCCUUCAGCACCAGUGAUCGAGACAAUGACCUCCACAGUGCCAUAAACUGCGCCCAGAAACAUUCAGGAGGGUGGUGGUUCAGCGCCUGUGGAGAAGCCAACCUGAACGGGAAAUAUUUUAGCACUAGAAUUGCACGGAGACCAGAUCGGAAGAAAGGAAUAUUAUGGAAGACUUGGAAAAGCAGUUAUUACUCUUUCAAAUCCACAUUACUAAUGGUCAGGCCGGCCACAAGUCUGAACUAAAAGCACGUCCUGUACUUUAAUGAAACUGACAAAGCAUUUCACGACCUUACGGACAAAAACACAAGUGGGUGUGCAUACAGUUACAGUCCUUGAGCUUUACUCUGUUCCUGCUAUUGGCCACACUACAAUAAGAUUGCCCCUAUUUGAAAAGCCCAAUGUUUACUUCAUAUCUACACACCAUGCUUAUGUCGCUUUUGUCAAUAUUUAAACAGGCACAAGAUUAUCUAAUUUUUUUAUAUAAAAAGUCAGCUUCCAUUAUCAUUCCUCCAACAGGGAUAGCUAUACACAUUGCCACUUAUUAUCUGUUAAGCCACUCACUGUGAGGCCUUCCUUUUUACAGUUAUUGCUUUCAAUUGUGGAUGAGCUGCCCCAUUGGAAGAAACAUCAAUGGAGGGGUUUAAGAGAGAUGUAAAUGGGUUUAAGAGUAAAUGGGUACUUGAAAGUAAGGAUGUUAAUAAUCCUUGUAUUUUGUAUUGAGAAAUAAAAGAAAUUAGAAAUGAUUAGAAAGAUAAAGAUGUAAUAACUAGAACUAAUAACUAACUCGAUGGGUGAAAUGUCACCUUCUUUAAAGAUUUCAUACCUUCUCUCAAUAUACAAAAUCACUGCACUUUACAGUUUAUCCUGUGAAGUGCUUUGAGAUGCAAUAAGGUGCUUUAUCAAAUGCAAGGAUUCUUAUCAUUAUUAUUUUAUUAUUAUUAUUAUUGCUUCACAAUGUAAGUUACCACCACAGCCAAAUCCAAGGGUCCAUAAAAUGUACAACUGCAAAUAGGAUAAACGCUCCCUCUUGUGGUUACAUCUGUAAGUGCACACAUCAAGCACGAUGAUUGACUGGAAGGCAACACAGCGAAAGAAAAAAAUUCCAUCUGCCUCAGGAUUCUGUGCUGAAUCACGUUUAAUCCAUCACAUACUUUAGGCUUCACACCACUGAGAGCCAGAGCUGACAUCGUACUGUACAAUAAGUAUCAUCACUGCCUAUCUGUAGCAAUUAGAAGCUUAGAAUUAACUGUGCAGCUUCACCCUCCGUGCAGUCACAGGCAGAAAUUCCUAGCCGCUGGACAAGUUCUAUGUCUAUUUUUUUAUAAUAAAGCUAUUUUCAAAGUCUCUUCAAA